AUACAGAAUUCUCAUAUUUUGACUUACGUUGAAGCGUUUUAUAAUUUAGAUUUAGUAGUAAACAUUUUAUAUGUGUAAUCUAUUUGUCAUGUUAGUCUAUUUAUAGAUUUCCGUAUUUAUAUGAGGUCAGAUUAGAUCUACAGCACUGUAUACAGAUAAGGAGUGUAUGUUUUAUUUAAUACAUUACCGACGGUUGUAAAAUGGAUAUCAACAAAUUCGAGGAGACGAAUACUCCGUUAAAUCCUGGUUCCAGUAAACGUGUUACAGUACAGACAAUCAGACUACGACUAAUUCUGUACAGGGUCGGCACCUGUGUCGGGGUAUCUCUGCUCCUAGCUGAGGUAUGUCUAAUGGUGUUUACAGGGUUACAUCUGGUGGGUAACUACAGGACGAACCAGAGGGAUGGCUCCUUCCAGGGACCUGACGCCGUGACGUUUGUGAAGUGUAACCGAUCUUCACCCUGUCCAGUGAUAAGACAGGAGAGCUAUGUAACACUAUUGAAACUGAUGUUCGGCAUGAAACAACAGCACGACAUCAGAACACAUAUCAAACAACAGAGAGGCUAUUUACGUAACUAUUGUCAGCACUUUACCAUUUCCGGCUGUACAGGAGGCCCCUUAAGGUGGAUUCCUGACUUCCAUGGACGUCGAGAGGACAGCAAUGGAUCGGUCACCAUCAGGACAAAUGGAACUUACGGAAUGUAUAACAUAUUUACAUUGAGUAGUCUACACAAAAUCUACAGUGAUGAGGUUAAAAUCAUACACCGAAUUCAUCUCGAUACACCCGAAAGACACUCAAGCAAUGAAUCGGUUUUAUUUGAGAAUGACAUCGUGUUACACACUCAGAGAAAAUCUUAUGAGUCAAGCAUCUUUUUCGACUUCGUGUAUUUACGUGAAGGUGAUCGUGUCUACCCAACAAUAUCGAAUACGUCUUUUCUUUAUGGAAUGCAAAAAGCGAGCAGGUGGGGUGUGUUUCAGGUGAAUUAAGAAUUUGAUACUACACAAGCAAUAUUGAUUACGUAAUACUUUUGCACUAAAUCUUUAGAAAGAAGGAUCUAAUGUUAAAGACACGUACUCUUUCAUUUUCUUGAAGUUUUUAAAACUUCCAUGCAGGUAUUUCCAGGAAUCAUUUAAUUUCAAAUAAUUUAUUAUACAAUGUAUUAUGUUGUUUACGUCUAUAUGAAAGUGAAAGUACAUAUAUAUACUGGUAAUACCGAUAGACUUAUCUCAUUUAUCAGAUAAGCUGACCGACUAGUUUUUAUUUCAUGUGAGGCUGAUAUCAUCGAAGAGCUUAUCAAUGUCCUUCACCUUCCUUUUUGAGUUAGGGGUAUAUAUUGAUGACGUUUGUUCAAGUAUUAAACUGCUUUCCGUAUCGGGUCAUAGGCAUAUGAACGCCAACUGUAUUACAGGACAAUAUAACAUGAACCGGGCAGUUUAGUACUGAUAUUUAUCGUAUCGGGUCAUAGGCAUAUGAACGCCAACUGUAUUACAGGACAAUAUAACAUGAACCGGGCAGUUUAGUACUGAUAUUUAUCGUAUCGGGUCAUAGGCAUAUGAACGCCAACUGUAUUACAGGACAAUAUAACAUGAACCGGGCAGAUUAGUACUGAUAUUUCAACUUAAACACCACUUAAAUUAUCACGAUCAGAAAUCAAUAGCAUACUUUAGAAUGCAUACUUGUAUACAAACAUUGAAUAUUUGCGUAAAAUGCAUUUCACAAGUUGAAAAAUUGGGGAAGUUGACUUGAAUCGAGAGAGUUUAUGAGCGAGAGAAAUAUGUAGGAAUUAUUUUUUUUUUAAAUAUGUAUGAGAAUCUGGUAAAUAUGUGUGUAAUAGUGAAAAACAAUCUGAAAACUAAAAAGUAAUAAGAUAAGAGAGACUUAGUUAAAAAUACAUAGUAUCAGUUCUAGAGUCAACACAAGACCAAUCCUCAUCAUUAUUAAAAACUCAUAUAUAAUCUUCAAAA